AUGAACCUGGGCAGGAGAGGGGGGCAGGACCGGGGGUCCGCUGAGUCAGCACAGUCAGCCGCAGCCACUCCCUUCAGCACCAAAUUGAGCGGCGUGCAAAUCCUGGACUGCUUCAUCUACAACGGGGAGAUGAUCGCGGCGCUGCGGCUGCAGUACCUGUAUGACCACGUGGAUGAGAUAAUAGUGGUGGAGAGCCGCAUGACAUUCUCGGGGCUCAAAAAGCCGCAGCUGUUCAUAGAGCGGGACGCGGAGCUCUUCAGGCCGUACCUGCCCAAGCUGAAGUUUUUAGUCAUUGACGAGUACCCCGAGCCUGAUCAGGCAUGGCUGGACAGCAAAGCCCAGAAUACCUGGAUGACCGACCUGAGCGUGUGGUUUCGGGAGACCUACCAGCGCAAUUUUGCGGAGGGAUAUAUCAAGGGGAAAUACGCGGGGCAGAAAUACGUCGUGCUGGCCUGUGACGUGGACGAGAUCCCCAAGAGGGAAGUGGUGGAAGAGCUGCGCUCCUUCCGCUACGAGCACGCCCACAUCGCGCUCUAUUUCGAGCUGGAGUUUUCCUACUACAAUUUCAAUUGGACUGCGCAAUACCAGUGGUACCAUGCCUUUGCUGUCAGCGACGUGGGCCUUGCAAAGAAGUCCCUCGACGAUUACAGGCUUGAAAAUUCGCGGUACCACUUGCGCCACGACGCCGGCUGGCAUCUGAGUUAUUACAUGAGCAUCGCUGACCUGGCGCGCAAGAUCGAGAGCUUUUCGCACAAGGAGCUGAACCUGCCAGAGUUCAAGGGGGCGGAGCACAUUGCCGAGUGCAUAAAGACUGGGAAGGAUCUGUUCAACCGCGGGGAGCAGUUUGACAUGCUGCCUGCCGGGCCGCAGCUGACGGCGAGCCGGCCGGAGGGGUGGCAGGACUUCUCUGAGCGCCUGGCCAGGCUGCAGGAGCUGUGA